AUCAUCACUCCAAGGCCUCAGCAUCUGUCCGGAUUGGAGAUCAUUCGAGAUCUAUGUGAGGGGAAGCUGGAAGGCGGAGAAAUUGGCUCAACAGAAAUAACCUUCACUCCUGGGAAGAUCAAAGGUGGAACCCACAUAGCAGACACAAAAACAGCAGGGAGUGUGUGUCUACUGAUGCAGGUAGCAAUGCCCUGUGUGCUGUUUGCUGCUUCCCCAUCAGAACUUCAUUUAAAAGGUGGGACUAAUGCUGAGAUGGCUCCUCAGAUAGACUACACAGUCAUGGUUUUCAAGCCAAUAGUUGAAAAGUUCAAUUUUACAUUUAAUUGUGACAUAAAAAAGAGGGGCUACUAUCCUCAGGGAGGUGGUGAAGUUGUAGUCCAGAUGUCGCCAGUCAAAGAGUUGAGCCCAAUAAACUUAACAGAACGUGGCACAGUGACAAAGAUAUAUGGGAGAGCAUUUGUUGCUGGAGCGCUGCCUAUAAAACUGGCAAAAGACAUGGCAGCAGCAGCAGUGAGAUGCAUCAGAAAAGAAAUCAGAGAUCUUUACAUUAACAUUCAGCCUGUUCGAGAACCUGAUGAUCAAGCCUUUGGGACUGGGAGUGGAAUAAUCGUUGUUGCAGAGACUUCAACAGGUUGUUUGUUAGCUGGUUCGUCACUUGGCAAGAGAGGAAAGAAUUCUGACAAGGUUGGCAUUGAAGCAGCUGAGAUACUGCUUAGGAAUCUUAAACAUGGUGGAACUGUGGAUGAUUCUCUGCAAGACCAACUGAUCGUUUUUAUGGCGCUAGCAAAGGGGGUGUCUAGGGUGAAAAGUGGACCAAUUACGCUUCAUACUCAAACGGCUAUACACUUUGCAGAGCAGCUAACAAAGGCCAAAUUUACUGUGACUGGUGUCCACUGUGCCCCUCUCCUGGGAGAGUCUUCUCGGGAGCUGUGGUUUUCAGCCCCGUUUCUGCCAGGGUUUUCCCCUGCCUGGUUCUAG